AUGCCGUCUGAACUCGCCGGUCAGUUCUCGGAGGAACAGUUGGCUACAGCAAGAGCGGUGAUGGCCGCGUUGUCGGCCUUGAAGCCAGCAAGAAAGGCAAACACAGAACCUGUACCCAGGACAGUCAUACACCAGACUACAGAAACACCAGUCGGCGAAAAACGGAAGAGAUUGCCGAUAAGAAACCUAUUCGGAGAACAGAUCCUAGUGCAACAAGAACAACACCCAAAUACAAACCAGGCGAUUGCUCUGCGCAGUCGGCCGGAACCCAUGGUCAUCGAAGAGACAAGAGAAGCACCCCAGAGAUACGCGUCGCGCCGUUACACCAUCCAACCUGCAAACUCCCCCCUGUGCGCGGACAUUCUGGAGGAACCAAUGGAGAAAUUGAAGUUCCCACUCUGCAAGUACGACGGAUCCACAGAUCCGGAGGUCCACUGCAACACAUUUGAGCAACAUAUGAUGUUGUAUACAGAUUCCGACGCCAUGUGGUGCAAGAUAUUUCCCUCAACACUGCUGGGAGUGGCAUCCGGCUGGUAUAAGGGACUACCAAAGGGGUCGGUAUAUAAUUACCGACAGUUAGAAACAGAGUUCAUGCUACGGUUCAUCAGCCGGCAGCAGAGAAAGAAAACGUCGGGAGAGCUGAUGGCAGUCACCCAGAGAAGCGGAGAAUCCUUAAGAGAUUACCUCACCAGAUUCAACAACGAGUCCACCAGCAUACCAAACUUGCAGCAAGAGAUAGCUGUGGUGGCCCUGAUGAGAGGAAUGAACCACUGCGAGUUCAAAAAAUACUUGGGAAGAAAAUCCUUCACCGAUUUGGGAAGCGCACUGAUAAAGGCCCACGAAUACAUCAAAAGCGACGAGCUGAUGACAAUCCCAAAUCACUAUCAGUCGGCACAGACCAGAAAUGCCGCACCAAGGCCGGUUCAGCCGGCGCAGCAGAAUCAGAACAGGGGGUUCAGAAAGGAAGAACAGAGGAAAGACCCAAGAGGGAGGGAUUACCAGAAACAAUCAACCAGCAUAUACCCCACAUUCCACGAAUACACUCCAUUGAACGCCCCAAGAGCCGCGAUUUACAAUGUCAACAAGAACGAAAACUGGAAGAGGCCUCCACCAAUGAGCGACAAACCCCGACCACAGUCGAAGUACUGCGCAUUCCAUGAUGACUGUGGACACUAUACGGAAAACUGCAGAGAUUUGAAGGAUAACAUCGAGGAUAUGAUCAGGAGAGGCUAUCUGACACAAUAUAAAGCCCGACAGAACAACAACAACCAACAGAAUAGCAAUUGGCAAAGCAAUAACACAAACAACAGAUUACCAUCCACCCAAACACCGCUCCGAAUAGAGCAGAAAGCACCAGAAACCAGUCGGAAUGGGGAGGCUAGAAACAGUGGCCAGAAGGGGCCGACAGUAUGGGUCAUAUCUGGAGGACCGUGCCAUGGAGGAACAAUCAGUGGAGCCGGCAGAAGUCUGGGCGAACACCGCCACCUGGUAAACUACCACAGCACCAUAAAAUGGCCGGCAACCCAAGUCAUGCCAAAUAUUUCAUUCACCCCAGACGACUGUCGCGGAAUUAUAUACCCUCACGACGAUCCACUGGUUUUGGGCCUCGAAAUAGCAAACUUCCCAGUGAAACGAAUACUGGUGGAUGGAGGGAGUUCAGCGAACAUUAUCUUUUGGGAAGCCUUCGUUCAGCUGAAAAUAGACGAGACAGAACUCACACGAGUCAACUAUCCUGUGAUAGGAUUCUCCGGAGCCACAGUCUUCCCGGAAGGUAGCAUCAGGCUACCAGUGCAGAUUGGAGAAGGUAGAGCCGCAAGGGACCUAAUGGUAGACUUCUUAGUAAUCAAAGUGCCUGCUGCAUACAACGUAAUAGUGGGCCGGCCAUUCAUCCACGAUGCACAAGCAGUGGUAUCAACAUACCAUCUAACUAUGAUAUACAUGUCUAACUUUGAGAAGGCUGAAAGAAUCCGAGGCAGUCAAGAUUCAGCAAGAUCAUGCUACUUGACGGCAUUAAAAACACCAGGCCGACUGACCCCAUCUAGGAAUAUAGCGAGAGAGGCAGCAAUGAAAAGACCGGCAAAGGGUCAAGCCCCAAGAUUGGAGGGCGAGUCAUCUCUUUUGCCCAAGAAGGAGAAAAGGCAGAAAAGGGAGUCACCCACAAUCGAAAGCAUAGAAAAGGGGACUUCUCUACCUAGGGUAGAGGCCGGAGGAAGGUCAGAAGAAGUCGAGCUGGUAGAAGGAGAAACUGGCAGAACAGUAAAAUUAGGAACCGACAUUGACCCCCAGUUGCGGGUAAACAUGAUCGGUCUGUUGAGAGAACAUGCGGAUGUGUUCGCAUUUUCCGCAGACGAAAUGCCCGGUAUAAACUCGGAGGUAAUCGAGCACCGACUGAAUGUCGACAGAGCAGUCAGGCCGGUAAAGCAAAAGAAAAGAAACUUCUCAACAGAAAAAAAUCAAGCAAUACAGGAAGAGGUAGAAAAGUUGUUGGCAGCAGGAUUUAUUGAACCAUGCGACUACCCAGAGUGGUUGGCCAACGUCGUAAUGGUUAAGAAGUCAAACGGCUCGUGGAGAAUGUGCGUAGAUUUCACAAACCUUAAUAGAGCAUGCCCAAAAGACUGCUACCCACUACCAAGAAUCGACAGGCUAGUCGACUCCACAUCUGGCCACGCGCUGCUCAGUUUCCUUGACGCAUUCUCCGGGUACCACCAAGUCAGCCUCGCAAAGGCCGACAGGAAAAAAGCAGCAUUCAUCACUGAGGGGGGAGUAUUCUGUUACAAGGCUAUGCCGUUUGGGUUAAAGAACGCUGGGGCAACGUACCAAAAACUGGUCGACAGAGUGUUCGCAAACCAAAAAGGCCGCAACAUUGAAGUAUACGUCGACGACUCCAUAGUGAAAAGCAAAUUGGAGACCGAUCAUUUAGAUGACCUCAGGGAAACGUUUGAAACUCUGCGCCGUUACCAAAUGAAACUAAACCCCAAGAAAUGUGUGUUCGGAGUGAAAUCGGGGAAAUUCUUGGGUUUCCUUGUCAGCGAGAGAGGCAUAGACGCAAACCCAGAUAAGGUAGAAGCGAUACUCAGUCUGCCUCAACCAAAAAGCAUCAAAGAUGUACAAAGGCUGACAGGAAGAAUGGCGGCUCUGACAAGAUUUAAUGGAAAACUCCGGUGGGGGGAAACCGAGGAAAGGGCCUUCGAGAAGGUAAAAGAACAUCUUCGUGCUUUACCGACGAUAGCCAGGCCGGAAGAGGGCGACAAGCUACAAUUAUAUGUGUCCGCUUCAGCCCAAACCGUUGCUGCCGUACUAAUCAGUGAAAAAGACAAAGUCCAGCAGCCGAUAUACUUUGUCAGCCACAUUUUGAAUCCGGCAGAAGCAAGAUACUCGCUGAUAGAGAAAGUGGCCUAUGCAGUCCUGAUAGCCGCCAGAAAGCUCAGACCAUAUUUUGACGCACAUACCAUACAAAUUCUGACGAACUUUCCACUAGAGAAGGCUUUGCAAAAAAUGGAUACAGCCGGCAGACUGUUGCGAUGGGCAAUAGAGCUGUCGGAGUACGAUCUUGAGUUUCACCCGCGCAAUGCAAUAAAAGCACAAGCUUUGGCUGACUUCGUAGUUGAAGCAUCCUAUCAAGAAGAGGAAACCAAAGCAGAAUCCUGGAAAGUAUCAGUAGACGGUUCAGCCGCUCAGUCGGGAGCGGGAGCCUGCGUUGUCAUGAUCUCUCCGACAGGAGAUAAGUUCGAAUACGCAAUCAGAUUCACUUUCGCAGCUUCGAACAACGAAGCAGAAUAUGAAGCAGCCAUUGCAGGGGUACAGCUAUGCUUGUUGGCAGAUGCCAAGAGGAUAGUAAUGACAACGGAUUCUCAGUUGGUGGCAAAUCAGUUUUCGGGAGAGUAUGAAACAAAAGAGCCGUCAAUGCGGCGGUAUCAAGAAAAACUGAAGACGCUGACAGCGAAGUUAGAAGCUUUUGACAUCGAAUUGGUCCCCAGAGCGUUGAACACUGCCGCAGACAGCCUAGCAAAACUGGCCAGUUCGAAAACAAUCGAGCUCAGUCGAUCAGUAAUGAUAGAAAUCAUGCACAGAAGGAGUACGGAGGAAAAAGGAAAGGAAAUAAUGGCCAUCACGGCAAACAAAGAGUGGUACGAUGAUAUCUGGGCGUACAAGACGACUGGAGUUCUCCCGGCCGAUAUCAGGGAGGCAAAGAAAAUCAAAAAAGACAUCUGCUGGUACGUCAUAUAUCAGGGGCAAAUCUAUAAAAGAGCCUUCAGCCUCCCCCUGCUGCGGUGUUUGACGGCAUACGAAUCCGCAAGGUUAAUCGAAGAAAUGCAUGAAGGAAUAUGCGGAAACCAUGUAGGAGGAAAAACACUUGCUUUGAUCUGCCAAAGACAAGGUUACUACUGGCCAACCAUGCUGGAGGACGCACAGAGCUACGUCAAGAAAUGCGAAAAAUGCCAGCUAUUUGCCCCAGUAAUACGUAUGCCAGCAAACGACUUGAUGCCCAUUUUGAAUCCAAUCCCAUUCGCCCAGUGGGGAAUGGAUAUCGUGGGACCCUUCACAACAGCCUCAGGAGGCAGGAAGUUCUUGAUUGUUGCCGUCGAUUACUUCACAAAAUGGAUUGAGGCCGAGCCGGUAGCAAAAAUAACAGCCAACCAGAGCAACGGGCAAGCCGAGGCUGCAAACAAACAAAUACUCGUAGCCCUUAAGAAAAAGUUGGAUGAGUUCAAGGGCAAGUGGGCAGACACAGUCCCAGAGGUUCUAUGGGGUAACAGAACGACGGUUAAAGAAGCAACAGGAGAGAGUCCUUUCAAACUGUGUUUCGGAUCAGAAGCAGUCAUACCGGCUGAAGUAGCACUACCCACCUUUCGCAUCCAGCAUUAUGAAGAACAGGGAAACGACAGCUUACUCAGACACCAGCUUGAUUUCCUACCAGAGGUCAGACUGCAGGCGGAAAUUAGGUCGGCCGCAUACAAAAACAGAAUGAGCAGGGCCUACAACAAGCGAGUAAAACAUAGGAAGCUGGAGGUAGGCGACCUUGUACUCCGCCGGACGGCAGCAACCGGCAAAGCUCAAAAACAAGGAAACCUGACUGCAAAUUGGGAAGGGCCCUACCAGAUAUGGGAAGAAGUGGUAGCUGGAUCAUACAGACUAAUGGAGAUGAAUGGAACACCGCUGAAGAACUCAUGGAACGCAGAUACUUUAAGAAAAUUCCAUGUGUGA